AGAUUGAGUGUGAUCAGAGCACAGUCACUGAUGAAAUUUCUAUGUGAGAUACUCUGUACUCCUCUCACUUACUAUGGGCUGUGAGGAUCAUGUGACUGCUCAACGUGAAGGGCUGAUAUUUGAUGCAGACCAUAUUUUUCGCUUUAAGGUUAAAUCUUUGCAACCUUUGCAAAAUCCUUUUGCUGUGCUUUUUUUUAAAAAAAGAAUGCUUGAUUGUCAAUAAGAGUUCUGCUUUUUAAGCAGGAUGUUUUAAAAUUCCUUUCCAUUGUGCACUUGAGGUCCUGUGACUGGGUAUGAUCAAUACUGAAGUCAUGGAUUGCUGACUGCACCCUGGCUGUGACUGGACUGAAAUGUGUCAGCUUCUGCUGAGGAAGCACCCUGUAAACGGGAAGGAAAAUCUCACUGCAGUGUCACAUGAUAAUAAACUGAACAGGAUCAGAGAGGAGACAGCUCCUGGUUGUGCAAGCAUCUUGGAACACGUCUGGAUUAUUAGCUGCACUCUUUGUUUAUUUCCAGCUGCAUAUUUUGCUUGCAUCCUUUCAGUUGCUGCAACGUUAAUUCAUCCUGCGAAACUCUGAGACUUUCAGUGACGCGAGGUGCAACCUAAAUCUGUGGAGUUUGACCUUGUGGACCUGUCACCAUGUCUGAGGCAGCUGCUGUAAAGUUCAGAGUAUUCACUCUUAAUUGCUGGGGAAUCCGUUACCUUAGCAAGUGCUGCAGGGAGCGCUAUGAAAUGAUUGUCCAGUUACUGAGUCAGGAGAGACAUGAUGUCGUCCUGCUGCAAGAGGUGUGGAGUGAAAAGGAUUAUCAUUUCUUGAGAAGCAAAUUGACAAAUACCCACCCUUAUUCAGUGUAUUUUAGAAGUGGAGCUAUAGGAAGUGGACUGUGCGUCUUCGCCAGAUACAUAAUAACUGACUCCUUCCUCUACCGCUACUCCCUGAACGGUUAUCCUUAUAAGUUGCACCAUGGUGACUGGUUUGGCGGGAAAUCUGUCGGCUUAGUUAUUCUGAACGUAAAAGACGUUGUCAUUCACGUCUAUGUCACACACCUUCACGCCGAGUACUGCAGGGAAAAGGAUUAUUACCUCCCGCACCGUUUGCUGCAAGCCUGGGAGCUAGGACAGUUUAUACGGCACACGGGCAAAACAGCAGAUGUUGUAGUUCUGGGCGGGGAUUUGAACAUGCAUCCUUGUGACUUGGGGAACCGACUCCUUCAGUGCUACACGGGGAUGAAGGACUCAUUCUUGGAGACCGAACAAUUUGAGGGCUGUGAAGGUGGAUGUACGUUGCUGUCCCAGAAUUGCUUUGCCUCAGUUGGUGACACUCAAUCAUUCCCCUCAGGAAUCCGUAUUGACUACGUCCUCUACAAGGGGUCGAGAGGUUUCUCUGUGAAGUGUGAGCAUCUGAUGACCACAAAUGGUACGCCACCUGGGAGAAACAUGCCGUACUCCGACCACGAAGCUGUGUGCGCCACACUGAGUGUCCAGAAAGAUGAGAAUGUUGUCAGCGAGCAGAGGCAUGUGGAAAAGACUGACCCGCAACUUGUGGACAUUCUAAAUGAGGCUCGGGCGGAGCUAAAAAUUGGUAUUCACGGGGCAGAGAAAGUGCGCUACUCCUCUGGCAGGAUGGCCAUUCUGGGGUUUAUCCUACUGCUCCUCGAGGUUGUCAUGGCGAUCAUACCACUGGUCACCACCACGCCAGAGAACUCAUUUCCCAAGGUGUCUUUCUACAUUCUGGGCAUGGUGGCCUUUGCUGUGGCUCUACUUGCUGGCAUCCUGUAUGUCUUUCAUACCAUUGAGGUGAAAAUGUUGCAAGGGACAGAGGACCAAAUGAGUAACGCCAUCCAGGCUCUGCAGGAGCGACUAGGCCACUGACGGCACUCCACAAGCAUAUUUCAGACAAGUUUAACAGAGAGCUCGUGGGAGUAAUCAGACCACUCAUUGCACAAUCUAUAGCAAAUGCGAUUCAGAAUGAUAUCUUGUGAUGUCAAUCCUGCAUGUUAACCAUGAUUUCAUGCUGUCAAAUACAUUCCAGAUGGCUGUACAGGUCCAUAGGGGAACAGAGCCUAGGAUUUGGGGCAACUUUUAAUUGUUUCAUCAUGCAGCCUUACUCAUUUUUAUUCCAUGUUAUCCAGUUAACUGUUCCUUGAGUGUGAAGACAAUGAAUGGUGUAAAUUUCCACUCUGCUUGAGCUCGGGUUUUCAUGAGGCCCAAGUUUAGAGCAGGAAGGUCCGUGGCUAUGAUGGAAAUCUAUCCCUCCCAACUACCCCUGCACCCUCAACAACCCAUUUCUCCAUGAAAUGGACCUAAGUCAGGAACUGAAGAAAUUGCCUAGUAGUCCCCAUGGCAGUUUGAGAAGUUUACAUUUUAAACAGGAGAAGUGACCACUCAGUUGUUGAACUGUCACAAAAAAAACUCGACUGGUUGACUAACGUUGUUUAGGGAAGGAAAUUUGCCGUUCUUGCCCAUCUUGUCUGAAUGUGACUCCAGUGUCUCAACAUUGUGGUUGAGCCUUUACAUUCCUCUAGAGUAAUCUGGUGAAACACUCAGUUGUACUGUCUGUUCUUGAAGAGAACAGCAGGAAGGUCCACCCCCACCUUUCCAGUGUAUACCUACAUCCUGAGAAUAGUUGGGAAAGAAAAGAUGGUUUCACUGACUGCGGCAUUUCAGCUAAAACAAUGCUGGCUCUGUGAAACCUUCAAGCAGAGCUGGACUUGUUAGGAGGCUUAGGAGACGGCAUUAAUACCAGAGGUGGGGGAUGCGAGAAACACGUAAUUCUGUUUUUAAGAGUUUGUUUUCCUGCAGGCAAAGGUUUUAUCUAGCAGCGCUCUUCUCUCGCAAGAGCAAUUUUCCUGGUCCCCAUCCCGUUCUGCACACCUACCCUGGAGUUUAACACCUUUCUCAAAAUGGAUUUGUGUAUGUAAGGACAUGAAGAAGACUAUUAAUCCUCCUGUCUCCAGUGGACCAUGUAUAAUUUUGUCAUUAUUUUGGAGUCUCACCCCACAGUUUUUAAUCUCCAGAGGUCAGUGAAUAGCUACAAGUUACAUUCAAAAAGAAUAAACUUGAAAUGGCUGACCUGAAAAAAUGAUUGAAAUUGACUGCAAAUCACUCCAAUAUUACUCUCCUAACCAUUAUACCUCCCAAAACACAGUCUCACUAAAACUGGGCAUUAUUUAAUUUUUAAUUCAAUUUUAAUUAAUUUUUAAGUUUUAAUUUUUCCUUAAAAACCUUAAACCGAUGUUUACACAUCAUUUUAAACGCAUCGAGAGAGCUCCUUUUGUUUAGAACUAUUUCAGAUCUAAGAGUUUGGGUAAAAAGGAAAUAUCGUCGGCCCCAAGUCUUGAUUUAAUCUUUCUAGUUCUGAAUUUAUAUUGUCUAAUCCCCCACUCUUGCCUUUUAAUUAGAUGAACUGUUUACAUUCACUUGAUUUACACUACCCAGGAUGUUUAAACAGUUUAAAUGUUGUUCAUUGGUAUAACUUCUUCAUCUGUCACUUCUGUUUUUAAAUGAGUCAUAUUUCCUGAAUUUGCUCUGAUGAGAACCAGUUUAUUCUUGUGAAAACAGGAUGACCAAAACUGCAUGCGGUAUCCCAAAUGUGGCUUAGCAUGUUGAAGUCGAUAGUAGUUGCAAAGCAGCAACUGGCCAUUUAACACUGAAACACAGCAUUGGUACUGAUCAUCGAUUAUCUGGUCAGAAAUCACAUGACACCAGGUUAUAGUCCAACAAGUUUAUUUCAAAUCACAGGCUUUCGAAGCACUGCUCCUUCAUUGGGUAAAGUGAAGAAAAGAUAGUCUGACACUUUUGACCACUUGCAGAGACUUAUUAUUAACCUGUCGACAUUCCACUUACACCAUUUGGAUGACCUUUUGAUCUCUGUGUCUAUAAAUUCUGUGUCUGUGAAGCUUUCUUCACUUCACCCGACAAAGGAGCAGCGCUCUGAAAGCUUGUGAUUUCAAAUAAACCUUUUGGACUAUAACCUGGUGUCAUGUGACUUCUGACUUUGUCCACCCCAGUCCAACACCGACACCUCCACAUUAUAGAUUAUCUGGGCAGGGCCAGCUAGGUAGCCUUAACAGAGUCAGGGUGUGCAUUGUGGACUGGAUAGUUAAGAGGCAAUGUAAUUGAGAUGCUUAUGAACAAUGAACAUUAUGACUCUAAAAAGAAGUCAAGGCGACCUAUUUGACGUACAAUUUAAAGUUGUGCCAAUGAUCUUGUGUUUAUCCUGGAUUGUGAUUGAGUGAUUCAGACAUUGUAGUUCAUGUUUUCAAUGGGUUUUCUUUUGGAUGCCAAUGAAAGAAGCAGUCUCAUCUAAA